AAAGAUUUGCCUAAAUGAAGAUCAGGGUUGACGAGUUAAGCCAUUCGUUGCCACUUGGUCACUGCAGUCACUAUGCUCUCUCUCAGCUCUCUCCCCAGCAGCACGGUUCCCAGGUCCUGCCUCCCCUCUUCCCUCAAGGGUUGUGGGAGCGUCGGAAGUCCUAGGGCAGCAUGUUCCUCCAGCCCUGAGGGGGCACUGUUCCAAACUCUACAGAAGGCUCUGAAGGAGAUUGACCUGCCCGGAACAUUGGACCUGCCACAGGGUGUGAGUCACUCUGAGCUGUGUGUUUGUGUUCUGGGCUCCCCCCUCCCCUACCUGUCUCUGCUGCUGGAGGCUGGACAAAGAAGUCCAGGAGACGCCCUGCUGUGUCUGUCUCCCUCCUGGCUCUCCCGUGCAUCCUCCUCCCUCCUGGUCCACAAGGCUGUCACCUUUGACCUCGGGGGACGCACUUUCCUCUCUAACUUCAACCCCCCUCGCAAGGUCACAUACUUCCUGUCAUGUGACCCGUGGGCGGAGGAGGAUAUGACCCGGGAGACGGACUGCCCGGCUGGAGGUUCCGGAACCCUGGGGAGGUGCUGGAGAGAUGUCCUGGUUACCAGGGUUCUGCUGCAGAAGGCCAACAUCAUGUGCCCACCUACCCUGGCCCUCCUGAUACCCCCUGGGCAGAUGGGCAUAGAGGAGGGCAGAACGGGAGGGGUGGAGGUGGUACACCUGGAAAUGGGAGUGGAAGAGGUGAACUCUGUCAGGUUCAAGGUGGAGUCCUUCCUGGAGUCUGACAGUUUCAUGCAGUCAGACAGGGUGGUCCUUCGAUGCAGCGGAGGCAGGUUUGCCUGUGAUGCAGAAGGUUCGGCUGCACCCCCUGUCUUCCUGUCUAGGAGCUCCAGGGAGGAGGUGCUGGCCCGUGUUGGCCAGCUGCUGCCCCAGCUGCUCCCUGGAGAGGCUGUGCUGCUGGAGGCCUGCAUCCCCCCUCUGAAGCCUGGGUUUCGAGUUGAGGGCCGGACCUGGGAGCAGUACACCGACUGCAGUCCCCAGGUCCCUGACCUGGUCUUCAGACUGUGUGCCAUCGUCACUCGCUCCCCUCAGGACGUACCUCUCCUCUACAAGUUGGUGUGCAAAGUGGGUGCGUCCGACACCCCUCUUUCUCACAGUCACUCCCUGUCUCAGUCUCUGGAGACCACCCUUUCGGAGUGCGGUUUUACCGACCCCGCCCUGGCCGUUUCUCUCUGUCGCAUAGCAACCGACAGCGCCCUGGCUUGCCUCCGAGUCGUCAUGGAAACUGAAUCGGGGAUGUCCCAACAGUGUCGCGGUGGGACAGGGGCUCAGACCGACAUGAUAGGAGUGGACAUUCUAUUCACCGUUAACGGCCCUUUCCUGAAGCCGGUGGUUCUGGGCCUCCACCCCACCCUCUGCCUCCAGUCCUCCUUCCCAGAGCUGGAGGGGUGCGGCAGAGGGACAGAGGGGUGCCAGGGCACCCUCCUCCUCACCCCUUUCACCCGCUCCUACGUGUACCUGAUGCAGGGCAGGACGGUGCUGGUGGUGGGGGCCGGAGCCCACAGUAAGAAGUUCAUCUGGGAGCAAGCCCAGCGCUACAAACUCAAGAUCCUGUUAGUGGACAACGACCCCACCCAUUUUGCCUCCCAAUUGGUCGAUCACUUCCUUACCUUGCCGGACCUCCCAGAACAUCGUCGGGACGACCAGAACUGCACCCGCAUCUGUGAUUGGCUGACGUCCUCUGGGCUGCACCCCGAUGGUUGUGUGUGUUUCUGGGACGAAUGCGUGGUCCUGACGGCGCUAGUCUGCGAAAGGCUCGGCCUCCGAGGCCCACCCCCUGAGGCCGUCCGCAUCGCCAAGGAGAAGAGCCGCACCCACCAGCACCUGAUGGGUCUGGUGAAGUCCAAGGGGGUCCAUCCAGCCCCAGAUGAGCUGCUGUCCGGCCAGGCGGAUGGUCUGGAGACAAGGGAGAGAGAGCGAGGACGCAGAGCACUCCACGACAUGGUCAACAUGGAGGGGAACAGCAUGAGAGCCAUGGCCGACUUCGACAGGGGCGACCUCUUUCUGGACAAAACCGACAACGCUCACCCUCUCUUCCGCUCAUCCUGCCCCCCCGCCGUCUCCACGCAGUCCCACUCCGUUCCUGUCUGUCAAUCCCCUCUGCUUUUCUCUCCCUCCCCAAGCUCCUACGCCGUGCCCUGCGCUCACGUGGAAAGCGCCCUGGAUCUGGAGAAGGCCGCCCAGGGAGGGACCACCCAACCUGGGGAGGCAGAGCCAGGACCGGGGGCGGUCAGGUUCCCCGCCGUGCUGAAGUUGGAGUACGGAGCCGGGGCGGUGGGCGUCAGGAAGGUAAACUCCCGGGCGGAGAGCCUGGCUCACUUUGAGCGCAUCGCCGGGGACCUGCGGGAGGAGACGGACUAUCCCGGCAUCGGGCUGGGCUGGGGCAACGCCAUGACCCUGAUGGAGUACGUGGGAGGCACGGAGCACGACGUGGACGUGCUCCUGUUCGACGGCUGCCUGGAGGGGGCCUUCGUGUCCGACAACGGCCCCACCCGGGCGCCCCUCUUCACGGAAACGACCGCCCAGAUGCCCUCGGGCCUGGCCCCGGACAAGUGCGCGCAGCUGAUCCGCGCGGCGCACCACGCCUGCCUGGGCUGCGGCCUGCGCGACGGGGUCUACAACGUGGAGCUGAAGAUGACAGAGCGCGGCCCGCGCCUCAUCGAGAUCAACGCCCGCAUGGGGGGCUUCUACCUCCGCGACUGGAUACGGCAGCUGUACGCCGUCGACAUCCUCCUCGCCUCCUUCAUGGUGGCCUGCGGCCUGCGCCCCCGGCUGCCCUCGGCCACGGGGCUCCCGGCGCGGGGCCACUACGCUGGGGUGAUGUGCGUUGUGUCCCAGCACCUCCAGGCGCUGCGAGGCACGGCCAGCCCCGAGCGCCUGCGCCGGCUCCACCAGGAGGGGGCGCUGUGCCUCAACGAGUUUGCGGCCGAGGACGAGCUCAUCUCCGGAGAGUACGAGGAGCCAUUCUGUAACGUCGGGGUGAGAGACGACCACAGCGCCGCCCACGCUCGCCAACGUCUGCUGGCCCUGUGCCAGGGACUGGGGCUCCACUGCCCCCCCCACUACGACCUGGCCUACUUCCUCUCCCAGUUCAACUAACGAGAGGGGGCGAACGGAGGUGGAAGCCGUGGUAGCGAAAGGAAGAAUGUCACCUGCAAGAAGCGUGACAAUAAAGCUUUUUCAACGUUGAAUCUUUGAAAUCAGGGAGAUUUGUGUUGUGGUUUUGUAAUGGGUACAGUCCAUUUUUGUAGAGAUUUGUCGCGAUUGUUUUGUCUGAUUAAUGUAAAUGGAAUGUGAGGGCUAUUUGAUUGUGGCGUGGGCGGGGGGAAAUUGGGGGCUAGGACUCUUGUGGCACCCAAGCAGAUUAAUAUCUGGGCCCGGCAGAGAUUUCUCACAGAAACUCAGGGACCAUCAUCACUGCAAUGAAAAUGAUUUGUUCUGCAACUUUUAAAUGAUCAUCAAAGAUAAAUGAAUGGGAAGUAGUUCUGUCAGUACGAUAUUAAAAGUAGGUUGUUAAAAGAGUGUUUAGGUGAUUUAUUGUGCUGAAUAUGUAGAUCAGGUAGUGUAGAAGUAUAAAUCAAGCCGAAGAGUUUGUAUGACAGUAGAAAGCUUGUUACCAUUAGCACAUGGCACAGCACAGCUUGGCCGGGGUGGAGAGGUGCAGUGAGGAAUUAUCUUACACUUACAAUAUGUCAGAGGGCCAUAAAAGUUACACUCUGGAAGAGAGGACGGAAGACUAUUUCAGAGGGGUUAGGGGUAGAGGGUGGAACAGGUGGAUAAGGCUGUCCAGAAACAUUAAUAUCCUGCCAGUUUGGUCCUGUCUGCCAGGCAGAUAGCAAUUACAGUGGAAAGUUCAUGCCUGAGUUAACACCAUUACAGCCCCCCCCUACCUCCAACUCCACCAUUUGAAACAAAAGGGCUAUGAUUUUAUCAUGUGAAUGAACAUGGUACUAGUGGUGCUUGUGUGUUUCUAGAUGGAGAGGUACAGUGUAAGAGUGGACCUUAUUCACAUACCAGAGCCCAGUCUGACCCUGGAGUGAGAUGUCAUCUUGGGGCCAGCAUCUGAGAUCUGGCAUUUGGGGUCCGGUGUCAGGGUGUGGGAGAUGGUACUGGGUGAAACUGAGAGCCUGCUCCACAUGGCUUUAUCAACCCCGAUGACCCUGAGUGUUGAGUAGGCAAAACCUGACAAGUGGUGUUGCAGGAUUCAAAUGAUUUUCGUUGUUUAUUUGUGUAUUUCAAAGUAACAUUAGGAUAUGUGCACCCGGAGAGGAAUGUAUCGUCUAACUGUUGUAUCAGCUUUGUACUAAUGUUGUCAUGUUCUGAUGUUUUGUGUAGUUUGUCACUUGUUUUUUUCUUUAGUUAAUCACAUUCUACCAUUCACUGUGGGGUUUGUUGAAUGUAUAUGUGACAUCAUAAAAUAGGAAUGUCAUGUUUACAUAUACACACCAUUCGUUGUUUUACAACCACAUGCAUUUUGGCCUACACAGCAAGCGAUAGUAACAAUGAUGUCCAUAUACGUACACCACAUAAAGGAAAGAUUUGUGAUUUUCUUAUUUCUUAAAACAUAUUACUUCACAACAAACAACUUAUUGAAAUGAUCCACACUUUCAGUGCUACAAUAAAGAUUCAAGAGAAGCGA